AUGACUCGCCUCAGCUCCGAACAAAUUUUGAAGGACAACAAUGUCUCCGACCCAACUUCCGUUACCACUCUUCAUCUCACUCACAGAGCUCUUUCCGAUAUAACGUGCUUGGCCAACUUCAUAAACUUGGAAAAGCUUGACCUUAAGCUCAACAACCUCACUUCACUUGAGGGGUUGAGAUCAUGUGCCAAUUUGAAGUGGCUAUCCGUUGUAGAAAACAAAUUGGAAAGCUUGGAAGGAAUUCAAGGACUCACUAAGCUGACUGUGCUAAAUGCAGGCAAAAAUAAGCUUAAAUCUAUUGAUCUGGUCACAUCAGUUGUUAGUCUCCGAGCUCUGAUUUUGAAUGAAAAUGAGAUUUCAUCCAUUUGCAAAUUGGAUCAGUUGAAAGAAUUGAACACUCUUGUUCUAUCAAAAAAUCCUAUCCGUAAAAUUGGUGAUGCUCUGCUGAAGGUGAAAGCAGUCACGAAGCUUUCCCUCUCUUAUUGUCAGCUUCAGGGUAUUGACACCUCACUCAAGUCUUGUGUCGAGUUAAGCGAGCUCCGCCUUGCUCACAAUGAUAUUAAGUCUCUUCCAGAUGAAUUAAAGCUAAAUUCAAAACUCCGGAAUUUAGAUGUGGGGAAUAAUGUGAUCACGAGGUGGUCAGAAGUAAAGGUUCUCAAAUUGCUCACAAAUCUGAGAAAUCUUAAUCUACAAGGAAAUCCUGUUGCCACAGUGGAUAAAAUUACAAGAAAGAUUAAGAAAGCACUGCCAAGACUACAGAUAUUCAAUGCUAGACCGGUAGAUAAAGAUGCUGAGAAUAAGCAAGGUGGCGAAGUUGAUGCAACUCAUGAUUUUCCAGUUGAUCAGGCAGGUCAAAAUUUGAGACAUAGCAACAAAGAAAAUAAUGCAAGAUUUCGUACAACAGAUAAAAAGAAGGAUGAUCAUCUUGAAGCCGCGGGUGAUCUUGACUCGGAGAGAAAAUCAAGUAAGAAAAGGAAGAGAAUUGUUGAUGUAUCCAAGAAGGAAGACAGGGUGAUUGCUGAGGGAAAUAAAGCUCAUAAAAAGGAUAAGGCAGACAGAAAGAAAGACAGUCAUAUAGUUACGGUUGAUUCUGACAGAGAAAAUAAAUCAAUCAAGAAAAAGGUAAAAAAGGAUGGCAAGCCCUUGGACAACAAGAGUUUUAUUCCUGAGGAGAAUGUUUCUAAGGCUGAGAAGAAACCGAAGAAAAAACGUAAGAAUGAGGAACAAAGUGAACUCGACAUUAUUGAUGAUGCAGAAGCUUCAUUUGCAGAGCUUUUUAAAAUCAAUGAUGCAGAAAAUCUAAAUCAUGGUGAUGAAAUGAAUGCAGAUGGCAAAGUGCCUAAGGAUGUGAAAUUGGUCGGAAGCACAGUAACCUCAUUUGCCAAACCUAAGAAUACUAAAAUGCAGAAUAUGGAGUCUCUAUCAUUUCCAGUAGAAGCAGAUAUUGGAAGUGGAGGGCCAUCAACAUGGGGUGAUGAGUGA